UUUGAAACUUUGUUAAUGUAGAUAUUUAAGACUCUAUUGCCAAAAAGUCUAACUCAUGUUCUUCUGUGUAAUUAGUUAUUGAAAAACAAACAUCGAUCGGAAUACGCUGGUCGGUAAAUUCCGCUAUCAAUAACUAUUGUUCACUAAUUACGGAACAGACAUUUUUCAUAACCGCAUACUGUGUUACCGGUACUUUGAUAUUUUUUUGUAACUUUCAUGUUUCACAUGUAUGUUUAAAUAGACGUCAUUUUUUACAUUUUUGUUUAGUGGUUGAUUACUCGGUUUCAAAAUGGAGGUAAUAUGAUGUUCAAACCGGUUUAACCGCUGUGAGCCGUUAUGGCAUAGCGACAUAGGGAAAUUGUUUAAGCUGAACAGAAGAUCGAGGACUAUAUAAUAGACUCGUCGAUCGUGGUUUAUCUAUUUCUUUUAAACGUGAAACAACACAUAGGAUUAUUUAUUUGUCAGUGAUUACAAAACGCCUUUACCGUGUUUGUGGAUUAAAGUGGUGUGAGGUUGAGAGUCGGAGGGAAGUGACCACGUGACAGAUUUACGUGGAAACGGUCGGUUGCUAAGGAAAGAAAAGGGAACUAAAAAAAGAGGAUAAGACAAUGGCAACAAAAAAUCCACGACCUCCGCCGAAACCGGCACAGGGCCUGCCGAACGGAUAUGUCAGCAAAGGGGGGCCAGAAAGUUACGACGCACACGAUAAUUUCCAACCCACUGCCAACUACCUUUCAAAAGAUCCAAAGGCCUUCCACGUUCGCGUGCACGUUAACAAUGACAAAUUCGAGCCUGGUAAGAAAAUGACGGUGCAAGUGAACAAAGUGAAAACGUUCGAGAACUUUCUGGAAGAGUGUACGGAGAAAAUGAAACCAGCAUUCGGCGCCGCUCGACGCUUGUACACGGCAAGGGGGCGCAAGCGGAUACAGAACCUCGAAGAGCUUACUGAGGAUAGCAUUUACGUCAUAACCGGCAACGAACCAUUCAAAAAGCACAAUUACAGAGAAAUUCCCGAAAAGACUCGUCCCCCUCAUCGUAAAGGUUUUAAGAAAAUAGAUUAUGAUGUAACGUACACACCAGUUCAGCACGCACUAGAGGAGAGGUUGAGGCACAAGUCGGGCCGGUCCUACUACCUGAACGAACACAGACGUGGACUCAGACUCAGAGUGCAUGUAAACGGAGAGAAUGAGCGACCCUACUGCCCAGUGUCAAUACGCUACAAGGACCGCGAGAACUUCAUCAAGAUUCUCGAGGAAAUAGAACGCACCUUACAACUACAGCCAAUAGAAAAGGUCUACAAAGUGAUCAAUCAGGGUGGAAAGAGCGAAAAUUUCACUGAGAUCACCGAUGCAGAACACCUAGAACAGGAUGAGCACGUAUUAGUCUUGCCGAAAAAUGAGAAAAAACUGCAGGCGGACAAAAUCUAUCACCUUGACGGCAAGAAAAACUUCCGUGUGGGGGUGUCCCCUCGCCAUGGCCCUGCCUACAACUUCCCUUCGUUCCCCGACUUUGAUGCAGGAUUCAAACACAACAAGAGCCUCAACAAGCAUCGUCCCUUACCAAGUAUAGGAUCUAGCCAAAAAGGAAGCGAGCCUAUAUCGCCAUUCUCCAAUCCACCCAAUUCACAAGGCAGCCGACAAAGAAGUAAAGGUCGUACACCGAAGCAGGCAGAUUAUGACCAAGAUGCUGGUGGGGUGUACAGAGCCAAGAAGCAGAACAAUGCCAAGGGAGCAGCCAUGGUAAAUGAAACAAACGAUACUCACAUUGAACGACCAAUAGAUCAAAUGGAGGCAGAGGUCGUAGAUGAAGAGGAGGACAUUAAGGAGAAGAUAACACCCAUCCCGCCUGGAACCGAGCUCAAUAAGCAGCCAUCCAAGGAGCUCAAGAAGAAUGAGCCAAAAGAGACGAAGAAUGGGCCAAAAGAGGCAAAGGGCUUGACAAAAGACUCGAAGAACGGCACUGGGGAAAAGAAGAGCACCAAGGAGACCAAUGGCCCGUCGAAGGUGAAAGAGGACCAGUCCAACGAGGAAGCUGGCAUGAACCGAAUCAAUGAAUACGACGAUUCCUUCAACCAAUUAGAUCGGAACUCUGGCCUUGCUCAAAAUAAGAACAUUCGAUCAUCCACCCCUGCAUCGAGGGGUGCAAGUCGUAGGAAAGAAAUAAAACAGCAUCAGGCUGCUGUAAAAAUCCAAGCAGGGGCUAGGGGAUACAUGGAGCGUAAGAGAUUCAAACAACGCAAAGCUGAAAUGGAGGCAGAGAAACAAGAGGAACAACAACAGCAGCAGCGUCAGCAGCAGGGCAAGGCUGACCAGAAAAAGAAUCUGAGCGAAGAUGAUGCUGCAACGAUUGUUCAAGCUUCUUUUAAGGGUUAUAAAACAAGGAAGGAUUUGAAUUUGAAAAAGCAGCAGGGCCAGAAGUGAGUGAGCACGGGACCAGUCUGAAGUUUUGGAUUGCAAGCAUCUUCCUCACUUUCAACAAGACAUUUGAUUGGUUGAUUGUUUUUCAGACAAAGUUGGACAAAUUUGAAUAUUUAUUUUUUACCUUUUCUGUCAUACACUGUUAUAAUCUUCUAUUAUGUUUUUUAAUAACUUUAUUUUAAUUUUCUAUUUUCUCUGUUAUAUUCUUGUAAUAAUACUGACGACAUUUUCAUGUUCUUCUUUAUUUAAUCUGUAUUAUUUUGUAUACUAUGGGUUUGCAACUUGCAUUUCAUGUUCACAAUUAUUAGAUAUUAAAAUAGGAUUUAUUGAACAGGGGAAUGCUAUUAUUUUCCAUGUGAUAUUCAUAAAUAUAUGUCAAUUGUAUUCAAAAUGGAACUGUAGCAAAGAAUUUAAUCUUAAAUUCAUUAUCAUAACGUGUUUUUGCAUGUUUCAUUAACUUAUAAUAGACCUCUCCUGGAAAAUAUCCUUAGUAUCAAUAAGUUAUGAUGUAUGUGAACAAAUUAAGCUUUUCAUGACACAACUUGCUUUUUUAUUUAUUUUACUUAAAACGUGUAUUUAUAAACUGAAUAAUUCAACAACUAUUUAAAUCAAUUUUUUCAUCUACACCAGUAAACAAUACUAAAUUGAGUUACUUCGCUACCAGCGAAGAUUCUUUUAAAAUAUAUUAUUGCUAUGGUUACCAUUUUGUAAUAUAGUGAAACGUAUGAAUGUAGGUGAAGGGUUCCACAGAAUUUCUGUCCGUUUGUCACAAGGUUGUUAUCCAUUCGCUACGUUUAUUAAAUUGCGAAAAAUAAUCACAUGUAUAAUAUGCUCAAUCAAUAUACCAAUAUCAAUUUUUAGUAGUUUUAACUAGAUUAACCCAUUUAUGCCUAGCGUCUAGAAAAAAGGCCUUGGCAAACAGCGUAGACCCAGAUGAGACGCCGCAUGAUGCGGCGUCUCAUCAGGGUCUGCGCUGGUUGCUUAAAGGAAUUUCUGUAAGAAAUAUUCUAAAUAUAGAAAUGAAUAUACUAGGCAUCCCUAAUUUUGGAAAUAAAUUGAUGCAAUUUAGAAGGAUGGGAGAGUCCACUAGGCAUUAAGGGGUUAAGUAUUCCUCACAUUUAGGUUAUCUAGGCAAUGCAAACACAAACAAACAUUUACAACACUAUAAGUUGGUCAAAUCUACAACAUAUUUGACCAAUAACACUAUAAUUUGGUCAAAUCUGCAACGUAUUUUACCAAUAGUAUCUCAUAACGGUUUAUUACAUAUAACUACAUGUAGUUGUAGGUAGAAAUAAAGUAACACAAUUGUAGAAAUGAAGUAAGUGUAGUGUAAUAAUUCAAUUGAGUGAUUGAAAUGAGAGAAUAAUUUCUUUUGUUGUCUACCUUAUGCAUGUUUUGCCAUGAUGUUUGUUAAUCUGAAUACUUGUACAUGUGCUAAAUACAUGUGCGCUUCAACGUUGAUUACAAGAAACUUUUCUAUCAAUAAAUCUAAACUAUUUGUCAAAUAAUGUAAAUUUUAAGAGAUUGUUUUUGCUCCCUUAAGUUGACCACACAAUUAAAAUAUUUUAUAUAUGACAUACUUCUGUAAGCAUUCCAUUGAAGAUGAUGAACAUAUCAAGUGUAUUCCCACUUCUUUUUAUUAUUUUCUGUUGAUUUUCUUUUUGUUGUGCAAAAGAUGACUUAUCUGUGAUAUAUUUUGUGAUUUGUUUUUUUCUUUUCAUUUCCUUAUUAGCUCUAGUGGUAGGUAGAAAGAGAAUGUAUGUAAACUAAAUGUAUAAAACCUGUACAUACAUUUAAUUGCACAAUUCAGUUCAAUAAUGAGGAUUCUAUAUAGUGUUUAAAUUAUUUUUCACACAGAAUCUUGUUAUAAAAAAUUGUAUUAGUUGUGUUAUAUAGAAUAUAUUACUUUUAUUAACGCCGUCCAACUUAUAUAUUUAUACAUGUAAUAGCAAUAGAAAAAAAUAAUUGUGUUACAUUUACAUAAAUGCAUCACUGCUUAUCUGGAUAAAGUUAUUUUCACAAAUAUUAGAUACAAUGAGCACUGUAUUGAGCACAUGGAUUUAAGAGUGAAAAAGCUGAGUAAUAAUAGAGCACAUGUUACAAUGAAACAUUGAAAUAUAGAUAGACUACAAACACUCUGGAUCAUAGUAUGUGCUCUGCUGCAGAGUUUUACAAACACUCAAAACUAUGCUACAAACAGUUUUAUUGUUUACCCAAAGACAGGAAUCAAAAUGUUAAUUCAAGUGUAUGCAAUUUUCUGUCUUAAGAAUCAGGACACUGGAAGAUCAAAAUAAAAAGAACAAAUAAUGGUUUAAAAAAUACUUGAGCAACAAGAUUGGAUAUCCAAAAUUCUUCAAAGAAAGUAGUUAUUUUCUACUCUUUGCAUAAAAUUGUCUUAAUCAGAAAGGAAAAUUUAUGUUAUGUGAUUCUAUUGCAGUAAAUAUUAAAAUUGCAAUCAAUCAUUUGUUUGGGCUAUUUUAGAGAGAUUUCUUUAACAAAAUGCCUUUUUCUUACCAUAAAAAGCAUAAAGAUGUUCCUGAUUUAUUUAUUCAGGUUGAUUUAUUUUGUAGCAAUUUCUUUAUUGUUUAUUUCAGCUUUUGAUUUUUACAUUGGAAAGUUGUUUGAACUGCUUGAACAUUUUUAGAUUUUAUGUUACAUCAUUCUGUAAGUGAUGUUCAGCAAUUUGUUAAAAUAAGAAUAAAAGCUUAUUUAAUUACAAUUUUAGUGGGAGACUCCCAAUUUUUUGUUAUGGAAACAAAACAUGUGAACCCCAUAAAAAACUUGAGUAUGCCAAAAAAAAAGUUUACCGUUGUAAUACCCCGCCAAAGGCAGAGGGAUUGGCGUUGUCUGUCCCACCCUCGUUAUUCCCUCAAUCUGUCACAAAUUUUGAAAUUUGCGGGAAAUAUCAAUUCAACAAAUGUGCUCGUUUUUAUCUGAAUUCACUCAUAUACUUAUAGUUGCUGAGAUCAUUUGUAUGCAUUGAUCAGAGACUGGAUAUUUUGUGCCUGUAUCUUAUUUUUGCACUUUUGUCUUAUUUUGAAUAUUGUGAAACUGAAAUAAAUGUGCAUGUCUUGUUUAAGUCAAUAAAUGUACCCAGUUUAA